CCUUUUUUGCUUCCUCUUCACGUUUCCAGCGCCGGCAGCCAUGGGAUCUCCUCCGCCGGUUGCAGAUCCUCCUCCCCUGUCGGAGGUGGUUGAGCCCUCCUCUCCGAAGACCGCUUGGUCUUCACCACUUCCUGAAGUUUCGGUUUCGCAGGCAAAGCCUGAGUUUGAUCUAGUCAAUGGUGUUGCUAGAGUGUCUAUUCCGGUGGAUGUUGUGGAUGAGGGUAUACCUCUAUGGAAAAGCUUUGUGGUAGGGUACUUUAUGGGUGAUGCGCCUCACGUUGGCACAAUCCAUGCUACAGUGAAUCGAAUUUGGAGUUCUGCUACAAGAUCUUCACGGGUUGAUGUUCAGUUCUUGAAUCCGACAACAAUAUUGUUUCGUAUCGAUGAUGAGCAAACUCGGUCACGGGUUUUGCGUCGACGUUACUGGCACAUUGCGGAUAUCCCUCUUGUGGUUAAUGAGUGGAGUCCGGAAACUGCAAAUGAGAAGCCGGAUCUGUCUGCGAUGCCACUUUGGGUGGAUUUCAAAAAUGUUCCAGGGUAUAUGUUUUCCCGAAAAGGUCUUCGAUUCCUAGCUGACAUAACAGGGAACUAUGUUAAAUUGCACCCUAACACUGAGAGAUGCACCAGAUUGGAUAUGGCUCGUGUCUUAGUGCAGGUGGAUUUGGGGAAGCAACUUACGGAGGAGAUCUGUCUUGAGGAUAAGUCGGGUUCAACUCACUCGGUGUCAGUCAGCUAUCCAUGGCUUCCUCCACGGUGCAGUGAUUGUUUCGGUUGGGGUCAUCAAGUAAAUGAAUGUGUGAAGAAAAAUAAAUCUGCGGUCUCGCAACCAGUUCACGGGUCACCAGUUCAGAAAAUUGACGACUCGUUAGCGGUUACUGUCCUUCCAGGAAAUCAAAAUUCGACGGAGAUAGUGACUGCUCUGUUGGCUGAGUUGGAGAGUGUUAAAGCAAGCCCUGUGGUUCGAAAGGAUUGUGUACAGAAUGAGGCUACAACGGAAAAAGACGGGAACUGGUCCUUGGUUACUCGACCAGGGAAGCAAAAUUCUCCUCAGCGGAGCUUGGGAACAGAAUCACCUCUGCGCAAGGCAGAGACUAAGAAAUCAGGGUCUCCAUCUGGUUUUAGUGUGUUGGAAAAUGUAACAGAAGAAGGUGAAAUAGUGGAAACAGAGGAGGAACAGAGUGGUGCUGGUUGUGAAAUGUCUUUAGCAAAUAAGAAAGAGGAUUUACUGCAAACUGCGAUUGGGGAUGGAAAGGAAACGUUUUUCUGGCUUGAUCAUUGGCUCCCAAUGGGUCGACUGAUAGACAUAGUUGGUGACAAUGGCAUUCGUGGCUUGGGAGUGCAGCGGUUUGCAAAGGUAUCUGAUGUGGUAUUCGGUUCUCAAUGGGGUUUACGUCGCUGUCGUGACAAAACGUUGGAAGAAAUAAAGAGUCAAAUACACAAUGUGGUUGUUCCGACGAGUGCCGCGGGGAAAGAUAAGCGCUUGUGGCUUCACUAUUCCGAUGAUUAUAGGCCCAACUUCUCAACUGCAAGGACUUGGGACCAGCUGCGAUCUCGUAGGGAGGAGAGGGACUGGUCUAAGUUACAAUGUUUUACAUAGAAUUAAAACCUUUAGAUUAUU